AUGACUGGAGAUAGACCAACUGCACCUCUCCCUAUCCCAGGUGGCGCUGGGACUGCACCACCAGCUGUUUGGGUGAGACAAAUCCGCAAGGACAACAAUGGCGGCUCCGAGUUCAUCGGCAAUGCCUUCCAAAUCACUGGAGCGGUUGGUGACAUAGAUGAUCUGAAGAAGGUGCAGACCUCAAAUGGAAUUUCUUUCAUUUUGUUUUGGAACAGCUUUGAGAUGGGCAAUGACAAAGAUUAAGCAGAGCGACCAUCUUUGCAACACGUGCUGUGAGUUCAUCGUUUGCGUUAAUGUGGAAUAGUGCCUUAGUUGAUGUUGAGUAGAAGACAAAGCAGACCCUGAUAAAAGCCAGAACAUGUUUUAUUGAAAGCAAAAGUGUAUGGGUGGUAUUGUCGUUCAGCUCUCAGGCGAUCAAGAAGGAAGAAGAACUAUCCAUUGCACCUUCCAAGAUAAAAAUAUUUAGCCAACAGGAGGAUGGCAACUGGAGCAAAGAAGACGAAGAGGCUUCAAUUAAACGCGGUGUCUCCAAGUUGGACUGCUAUGGUUACCUCAUUCCAUAGAGGCUGGCUUGUUUGUGAUCAACGUGUGCGCAGUGUGGCACAGUUUCUAUUUCUAAAUGCUGCUUCUUGAAACAUUUUUGCUUUGUGAGGCUCUCUCUGACCCGACUGUGAGCAUUGGACGGUUUCAUUCCAUGUGUCAAAUUGCGACUUUCUUUUGCUCCGUGCAUGUGCGUCUUCUCCAUUGUAAGAGGCGUAAUCUUUUUUGUUGUUGCAAACUUUGCACUUUGAUAUAAAGAUACAAAGGCGGCGUAUUAAACUGGGAAAAGAUGAGUUGAAGAGGCAACUUGCCACGAACGAUCGGUGAGCUGCUGGUACAGAAGCCACAGAGUUGUUCAGCGCGGAGUUUCACCCAAACGUGACAAUAAACACGGAAAAUGGAGUGGCA